UUCCCCGUCAUGGUUUACAUCCAUGGCGGUGCUUUCAUAACUGGGUCGUCUUCCAGCGGCACUCCAGACUAUUUUGUGGAGAAGGGCGUUGUAUUGGUGACAACCACCUAUCGUCUCGGUGCUCUUGGUUUCCUGAGCCUGCAGAACACCGACAUCCCAGGCAACGCGGGGCUCAAAGACCAGGUGCUGUCUUUGCAAUGGGUGCAAAGGAACAUCGCGGCCUUCGGAGGGGACCCCAGCAAGGUCGUCAUCUUCGGGGAGAGCGCUGGUGGCGGUUCCACCUCACACCUCUUCCUCUCGCCGGCGACUGGGGGUCUCUUCAGCGGUGUGAUCAUGGAGAGUGGGGUAGCGACGACCCCCUGGGCACUGACAGAGAAACCCCGCGAGAGGGCGUACCGGAUGGCGGAGGCGCUCGGCUUCCAGGCGCAGAGCGAUAACCACACUGACGACGACGACGCGCGGCUGGCUGCCUUCCUUCGCGCCGCCAACUACACAGACAUCGCCGGUGACUCCAAUAUCGCUCUCUCUGAUUUCGAGAAGCGGUGCCCAGGGCAGAUAGCUUUCGCGCCCGUCGUGGAGCCAGCAUCAGACUCUGCAGUGAUCACCGAGCCUCCAGUUGACAUCAUCAGAGCCGGCAGCUACAACCAGGUCCCCAUCAUACUGGGCGUCACUUCCGGAGAAGGAAUUGUCGGACUCUUCAUGUCUCCAUUGCUGACAGAAGCGGGGGAAGCCGAUAUGAAGGAGAACUUCACGAUGCUGAUCGGCUCCCAGCUGCCGCUGCCCACGGAGGAACAGCGGACUCGUGCGGCGGAACAGCUGGAGCAAUUCUACUUCGGGGACGAGGGCUUCUCCAUGGAUCAGAUGCAGGCAGUGGUUGAUCUGUUAUCCGACAUGUACUUCAUUCAUCCAGCGGACUCGUUCGCUAGGGCGGUGGCGAACUCCAGCAGUAUACCUGUUUACUUCUAUUACUUCGACUACAAUGGCACCGGUUCCACGGAUUACGGUAUGGUACACGCUGGUGAAACAAUCUACUUGUUUGCGCAAUCAGACGCAGACCCUAAUUCCAACGAUGGGAAAGUGUCAAAUCAGUUGACAACACUGUGGACCAAUCUCCCCAAGUACGGGGAUCCUGCGCCUUCUGGAAAUCCAGUGGUCUGGGAAGAGUUGACGGCCAGUGCUACCAACUAUCUUGAUAUGAAACUGGAAUUUGUGACACGUCAAGACAUGCUCAAGGAACGGAUGGACUUCUGGAGAGAAAUAUUAACUUCAGAAUGA